AUGUCAACUGCCGAUACUAAUUCGUUAUCGACAAGUUUAACUAUAAACUAUUUUUACUCUCAACGUCAACCACUUUACGAGUCACUGGCAACUCUAACAAAAAAUAGUCAACCCUUAAACGAAGAUUCAAUUCGUUCGAGUAUUGAAUUGUUAUGUCAACAACAUUUAUGUAUUCCUAAUGUUUCAGAGAGAAUGGCUUUUGCUCAAUCGGAACAAAUAAGUGUUCUCUGGUCUCGUAAUAUGCAUGAGCUAUUCGAUUCGAUUGUGAAAUGGUCGGUUGAUUAUAUGGUGACAUUUUGUGUUUACGAUCGAUCUGGAGAGCAACGACACAUUAUUGAUUCGUUCAGAUCCGAUGCAAAGUUAAACGGUUUUCAGCGAUCUACAAUCGAAAUGAUGGUCGUCUUGGUAAUGCCGACAUUUUUUCCAUUUUCGAUGAUUUUACAAGCUGAGAACGCCCAUAGCACAGAUGUUACUAUGUUCCGUAAAUGUUCAAUUGAUUGUUUUGAUGAUAUAUCGAAUAAAAUUCUAGCGUAUAUGCUAAGUUUAAAUCCUUCAUUUCCUCAUUAUGUUGAACGUGAUAUGAUAGAUCAAGAAAAUUCAUGCAAAGUCGUGCAAACUAUCCAGGAAUUCGCUGACACUUAUCGAAGGUACAUACCACAAUCGUUCGUUUAUAAACGGGUUUAUAAAACUUAUAUAAAGUGUUUGCAUUCAUGUAUUGCUACCAGUCUGGCUUCUAUUGGCAAUGCUUAUAAGGGAAAACGCGAGUAUGCUGGUGCUUGGGAAUAUUAUUCAACAUGUCUUAGAAUGCAAGAAAAAUGUUUGCCCUCGGAUCACGCACAUAUUGCUAGAAGUCUGAAUAAUAUUGCAGGUGUGCGGACAAUUCAUUUCAAUCGAGCGUUAUCGAACAUUGAACUCGGUGAUUCGCUUAAAACGUCAGAGCAAGUCGAUGACCUUCGUAAAAUUUAUGAAAAAGGUGCUGCAGCUCUACUAACUAACCCGGACAAUAGCGAAUUCAAGCAAAAUGACCAGAAUGACGACGAAUUUAUUCUGCCAAUCACUGACGUCUCACCAGCUAUUGCAACCGAAUAUUUGAUCGAAAGUAACAACCAUUCAGCAUUAGAUGCUAGUGUCUUAUUCGACGUAGUUUUUCUCGGUGAUAAAACAAAAGCAAGUCGAGAUACAUUCAAUGAACUUCGACGUGCUGUACCUCAGUCGAAAUAUUUUGAUGAUGAAGAACAUUGUUUCGAGCAUAUUCGGCUGAAUAGAACGAUUCACUCUCUCGUUCUAACGGAAAAGUAUAACAUCUAUGAUAUAUUAAAAUCACUCCACGAUGAAACGACACUUCGCUCGAUAUAUAUAUUUGCUUCUGAACCGCGACGCUACCAACAAUUAUCAAAAUCGUAUCCGAAAGUCAUUUGUUCUUUAAGUCAGAAAGAAACACUGCUAAACCAGGUUCUAACUGAUUCGGCUUUGUAUUGUGAUGAAUUGGGUGAUAAGUAUCAGUGUCAAAAUAAUAAGACUAUGGCAUUAACAUUAUAUUAUUUUGCUGAAAGUUUGCAUGAUAUGAUUGAUAAUCAACUGAAACAGCGGAUAGUUUAG